GGUGAUAAACAAUUCAUUACCUAAAGGAAGGAACAUUGAAUAAAUUGUCCGAUGUAGGUAGGAUGCACAAGUUCAAAAGUGGGAAAUCUAAGCUGACUUCUUUUCUCCAAAUUGUCGUCGCGUUUGUAUCAUUGUUCGUGUAUUCAAGAAUUGUUGUGCUGUCGUCUUCCCCGUGUCGAAUCCUCACGCACUUGUAUCCUUUACCUGGGCAUGCGCUACGUGGACACCUGCUGACCAACAUGACCGUGUCUCCGAAAGGCGCGUGUGGUUCAUAUUGCUUCGACUCGCCCGAGUGCUUCUCGUACAACGUGGGACCUGGGUCUGAUGAGUUGGAGUUCACUUGCGAGUUGAGUGACAGUGACGCCGCCCAGCACCCAGACGACCUCGUACCAAGAGAGGGCUUUACCUACCAUGCAUACGAGAAUACCUGCCUGGAAAGUGGUUCCUGUCCGUCAGGCCGAGUUUGCCGUAUUGGUUACGAAGAGCCGUACAGGUGCACAUGUGGAAAGAACUACACGGGGCUUAGGUGUUUGCGAAGAAAAUUCAUGUCCGUCUACGUGCAAUCACAAGAGUAUUUUCACGGAAUUUGCAAGAUUGAAGUAAAUGGCGUUAACUACUGCAAAUGGGGGAGAGGACACCACGUUGCUGCCUUUUCAAUGACUGGCAGCUACCUUGGAUAUCAUUCAUUUGACACAUGGGCUGAUGAGCUCGCCGGAAGUAAGAUGGCCACCUACAUCGACUCCCUUCCGCCCAACACACUCGUGCUGAUCGCCGUGAGAGAUAGUGGGCAGAAACAUGUCACUGAUGCGCACGAUGCAUUGAAGAGUGUGGGAGCCGUUGAACCUCUACAGCCUACGAAUUAUGGGGAUAAAUGGCUCCUCAUUGGUCACAAAGGCGGUCCUCGUCCAUGGAUUACCCAGGGUCAUCAGUAUAAAGAUCAAGGUUUAUUGAAAGCUACAGUCACUAUUUUGAUAGAGGGAUGCUACCCACAUGGAAACACAUUAGAGAAAUGGUGUAAUAAAUUUUGAGUCACUUAAGAUAUCAAUAGGGGACUUGCACUAACAGAUCACGUGACAGAUACGUGACGUUAACAAGCAAACUCGCACGCCCUUAUUUUUUUUCUUCGUUAUCGGGCCGACGGGCGCAGUCAUUUCUGUUUAUUUUGUCUUGAAUUUGCCACCCAAUAAGUCCUUGAUCAGUAAGAGCAAGUCGCCUAUUAGUUAAACCUUGAGACCAAAUCUGUUGUUAAAACAUUCAUUCAAAACUGUAAAAGCAUGUUAUAGUUAUGGGGCUUUUAUACAUUGGACGGGGCGCACAUUAAUGUGUGCGCAUGCGCCGGAUAGUACCAACAUUUCCUGACUUUAGAUACAUCUAAAGAUAGUUGCUAACACUGUGAAUACUGAUCGAUUGUUUUUGACAUUUUUGCAUGCAGCACUUAGCGUCCGAGUCUUAAACGCAAAACGUCUUUUUAUGUCGCGAAAACUUCUCAAUUGAAGUUACAAUUGAAGUUUAUUGAAAACAUCUCAGUCCCUUACUUGAAUUAGACGUUUGAAAUGUAUUCUUUGAGUGAGUCGGUUAUGUGCGGGAGCGUAAAAUGGCGGCGUGUUAGACAAAUCGCGUUGCUCUACGGUUUUCUUUUGUAAAUGCAUAAUUUCUAUAUUAUAACAGAAGUUUCACCAUGGUGUAAUAAGCCUGCAUUAAAUAGAGUAUAUCAUUAA